GUCAUUCGCCACAGCCAUUCGUUCCCUUGGCGGUUCCGGCACCGAUGCUGGGUCAGAAUACACCCAAUCCUGGACAAUCCGAUCUGAUCAAUUUCUUGCAAAACGAUCUGUGGACCUUCCUCCAGACGUUCAACAUCGCAUUCAGUCGGAAUCCAGGAAACAGGGAAAGAAGGUCAUCAAGGACUUACAGGUAUCAGCAAAAGCUCUUGGAGAAGCCCGCACCGCCUACGAAGAGGCUCUACAAGCUCGAGUUCAACAUGUCUCGACGUGGAAAUCCUUUUUGGCAGAAGCGGUGCGCAACUGGACGGACUAUGCCAAGAUGUUCGAACAGCAAGAGUCAGCUCUCCAAGCGAGAAUUGCAGCUGCCAGAGACCAGUUCCAGGAGGCGAAGGAGUGUCUAGAUGCCUCAAAGACAUCUGCGGGCCAAGUGACAGAAGUGGCAGCCAGCGACGAGGAAGAACUGCCUGGAGAUGGAGAUUCCUCUGCUAUGCAGAUCACGACAAGCAUCCAGACUCUGUCGAACUCACUGCAGCAGCUGUCGAAGGAGGCAGAAGCCAUUCAGAUCGAAGGCCCUGCGACCAAGCGCCCCAGCACAGAAGAAGUUUCAGCUGGCGAAGAGGCCAAGGCGCCUUUCAAUUAG